AUGCAAAUUUUAGAGACAGUUGGCAAGGUGAAAUGGGACGAGUAUCCUUUGAGGAAAGGUGACAGUAAUUCAGUAUGUUCUGAAGAAGAAUCUCCGCCGGAAUCGCUUCCGAAGCGCAUUGUUAAGCUGAUAAAAAUCCUCAUACCUCAUGUUGGUCUCAUUACGCUACUGCUAACAUAUAUCGCGAUCGGUGCUUUGAUCUUCAUUUGGUUAGAAGCAGAGAACGAACUGCAGAAUCGCCGAUCGAAAUUGCAGAAAGUGUUGAAAUUGUACAGCAUGAUUAUCAACGAGACUUUCAAUAUCUGCAUGCCUGACCUUAUCGGCAAUAAUACUACAAGAUCAUCGGUCGAACGGCGGAUACGUCCGUUGCUAUCAGUCUUAUCAAGUACACACGAAUAUGACGAUCGUUUCACGCUAAAUGCUCAACUAUGGACUGAUUCUGAGGAAGAACUUGCUACGCGAUGGUCAUUCGCUGCUUCUGCAUUAUACGCAUUAACCGUCAUUACAUCUACUGGAUAUGAUCACGUAACACCAAGUACUAAUCCCGGACGACUGUUUACGGUAUUUUUUGGUCUGGUUGGUAUACCACUGAUGUUCAUCACUGCAGCUGAUAUUGGUAAAUUUCUGUCAGAAAUUGUAAUACGAUCAUACAGCAAACUGCUAGAACUGAUUGAAUGGAUUGGUUCUGUAAUAGAUGCGAUUCGUGAUUGCGUCAAGGAUGACGACGAUUCUAUCGAUUCCAGAAAAAGACGUACUACUCGACCACAGAGUGUGUUGGGUGAUGAUGAAGAUGAAGAAGGACGAGUACAACUUCCUAUUGCUUCUUAUUUCGGAUUAAUCAUUGGAUACUGUGCUAUUGGGAGUAUGCUUUUUAAUACUUUUGAAAAGGGACCCAUAUGGUCAUUUAUGCACGGUGUGUUUUUCUCAUUUAAUACUAUUACGACAAUUGGCCUCGGGAAUAUCCAUGUUAGGAAUCAAUUCUAUCUGGCUUUAGUGAUUGCUUAUGUGAUAAUCGGUUUGGCAGUGAUAACAGCAUCGUUAGAUUUAUGCAGCUCAACACUAAAACGAACAUUCACUAAACUACAUUAUUUCGGUCGGAAGAUUCGAGGAGCACGCAGAGGUUUUGCAAGUGUUAGCGAUGAUAUCCGUGAAGCUAUGAGGAUUAUUGCAGCUCUCAAAAAGACAAGGCCAAGCAAAGAGCGCAUAACACUUGAAGAUUUGAAAAGAUUUCUCGAAGUUCAAGAACAUCUCAUCAGGCAGCCUUAUGUUCCAUACAAUGUUCACAUAUUCCGGUGGAUCGAAGAUGCUUACGCACAAUAUUUUGAUGAAGGAUCCAUGAACGAAAAGGAGAAGAAUUCCACAGCAGAUCCAAUAUUGUUUUUUUGA